AGGCAGUCAACAUCUGGCACAACACUGACCCGCAACGGUUUGCGCGUUUUAUUCGGAAGCUCCCCGUUGGGGUGUUCUGAAUUUCCCUCCACCACAUCGACAUCCGCGGCGAUGUUUGACCUCGUGCCAUUGGCACCCCCCCCCCCAACCCCUACGCCUCGCGACACAGUGGCUGGGGCUGCGUAUCCGCAGUGGAAAUUACGAGAUGGGAAAAAAAAAAUGAAUCCCAACUGUGUUGCUAUGAUACGGCGUCAACGAGAAGAGGAAGAAGAGAGAAGGGGGCAUGGGACGAUGGCGGAAACGACUGCUCGCCCCGGAUUUCCCAGCGGGGAGUGGAGAGGAGUUGGCGUAGGAUCGGUGGGCAACGUGAGCCGGCUGCAGGUUGCUCCUCCAGAUCACGUCGGCCCCACCAAGAGGGGACACCUCGUCUUCAACGCGGCCUUCGAAAGCGGAAAUCUGGGACGUGUGGACUGCAUUUCGGAGGCUGAGUACGACCUGUUCAUGCGCCCAGACACCUGCAACCCGCGGUACCGCGUCUGGUUUAACUUCACCGUCGGCAACGUGAGAGCAAAUCAGCGCGCGAUUUUCAACCUCGUGAACUUCAGCAAGACCAGGAGCCUGUACAGAGACGGGAUGACGCCUGUUGUCAAGUCCACCAGUCGCCCGCAGUGGACGAGGCUGCCCGGCAAGCACGUGUUCUACUACCGCAGCCCUGAGCACCGCGGGCGCUACGUCGUGUCGUUCGCCUUCUGCUUCGACCGCGAGGAGGACGAGUAUCAGUUCGCCUACUGCUUCCCGUACACCUACUCGCAGCUGCAGCGAUACCUCGACGCUCUGCAGGCACGGGGCUUCGACUACGUCCACCGGGAGCUGCUCGGCCUCAGCGUGCAACAGCGUCGUUUGGAUCUCCUGACCAUCACGAGCCCAGGAAACCUGGGUCCUGGAGCGAAGCGGAGGGUGGUGCUGGUCAUGGCGCGGGUUCACCCCGGAGAGACACCCUCCUCCUACGUCUGCCAGGGGCUAAUAGAUUUUCUGGUGAGCCAGCAGCCAGCUGCCGUGAUGUUGCGCGAGCGUCUCGUCUUCAAGAUCGUCCCAAUGCUCAAUCCGGACGGCGUCCAUCUCGGAAAUUACAGGUGCUCACUGAUGGGGUUCGACCUGAACCGGUCCUGGCAGGACCCUUCACCCUGGGCACACCCCACCCUGCACGCCGUGCGACGGCACGUGGUCACCCUGCAGGCGCAGCCGAACACCAGCGUGGACGUCUGCGUGGACGUGCACGCGCACUCCACGCUCGCCAACAGCUUCGUGUACGGCAACGCCUUCGACGAGGCCGAGCGCUCGAGCCGCCAGCUGCUCUUCCCGCGCCUCCUGUGCCGCAACGCCAGCGACUUCUCGCUGGCGAGCACGACGUUUGACAGCGACGCGGCGAAGGCCGGCACGGCGCGCCGCUCCCUGUCCACGCUGCUCUCCUCAUCCUGCCUCUGCUACACGCUGGAGGUGUCCUUCUCGGCCUUCGUGCCGCCUCACGGCGGGGCUGCCGUGCCCUACACCUGCGGCUCCUACAUGAACCUUGGGAAAAACCUGGCACGGACUUUCCUGGAUUUCUACAGACUACAAGGCAUCAUCCAAUCAAUUCCGCUCUCUGUGGCCAGUGAGAGACACGACCGCGCCACGAAGCCGCGAAGCGGUCCGGGGAGAUCUCCCAAGCGCGCCCCCACCGCUCCUGCCCGCUCCUCGACACGCGACCUGCACGGCUGACGGAGCCGUUUCGUCCAAGCAGCCCUUCUCUCCGUUUGCUCCGCCGAGGGUUCGCCUCUCGCAAGCGCGCGUGGGUGGUGGUGUUGGUGGUGGGGGGCGGGGGAGUUUGGUGGCAAGUGGGAUUAUUAUUUUUAUUAUUCUUCUUCCCGUUUUCCUCCUUGCGUCUGGCCCUGACCUUAGCGGCAAAAAGAGUGCGAGGCUCGCGAAGUGCCCGCGCGAGCGUCACGCCUGACCGCUUCAUCCCCGGCGCGGUAAAUUAGGCGAAUGUCCUGACAUCCACGCGCAGGUACAUACGCAGAGAGGGAGAGAGGGCGACGAGGAGGCUGUUACGUGCGGUCGCGCAGCGCAGCGUAGCGCACGCGUGUGUGCGUGUGAUCUCGCCAUGCCCUAUGCACGCGGAGUUGUUCGAAUGGGAAAACCACCAGUGUAAAGUUCACCGCGGCGGUGGCCUUAUCACUAAAUUAAGCUCUGAAGCGGCGCUUGUGACUGCACCUCUGCGUGUAAUGAGGGUUAUGGAGCCACAACCACCCCCCGCCCACCGCCAGCCCUCCGCUCCCCGUGGUCAGGGCGUUCGACUCGCAAUGCGGCCCGAAAGGACGUGUUGUCCAAAGUGCCAUUCGGGACCUAAGGUCAAACCGACUGUCCUUCCAAGUUGAGUAAAAUGAGUACCGCUGAAGUGGCCGGGUGGCUCAGAGGUCAGAGCGCUGAGCCAGGACCGUGGGGAUCCUGGGAUCAAGUCCUGGGGUUCAACCCCUGCCCGUGAUUAAACCGGGUUCUCGAGUGCAGUAGUGAGCCGAUGGCACGGGCCAGGUCACCAGCGAUCGCAAACAAAAACCAUCGCGUCACAUUUGGUUUCUGCGUUUUCAGUUGCCAAAAUUCCGGCUCCCGAGAAUUUUAACUUUAGCUCGGCGGUCGCGCGACAACGUCGUUGAUCUGACAUGGCAGAGCGAGUGGGGACGCCGCUACCUCUUUACUGUGGGCAGGGCCGUCCUUAGAGGGGGCAGUGCGGCGCCCGGGGUAAAUCCCACUGUGUGCCCCCCCCCCCGUCACCUUCAAUCUAAACCGGAGAAGUGCGGCGGGGGGGGCCUCAAAGCGCGGGGCUCGGAGCGGUCGCCCCCGAUUUGCCGUACCCCUAGGGACGGCUCUGGCUGUGGGGACCAGAGGUCAAUGAAAUGGAUCUCGGAGAUGGCUCUGUGACAUUCGCCUUGUGGGGCUCUUCUCUACACAGUGGUUCUCAACCUGUGGUCUGUAAACCACAACGCCGUGGAACGUGGUCCGUGGAACUGCUGCUGAUAUGAAAUUAGAUACGUGAUUAGUGUGUCGCAACACCUAAAACGCUUAACAAAUGAUGCCUUGUGACGUAAUUUCCUGCAAAUAAGCUUUCCAUUAACUAAUAUCGAUCACGGUAAUACAUCUCCCCCUAUAUUCUUGGUUCUUUCGGUAAAGUCACGUUGAAGGGAAACAAUAAAAUAAUAUAUAUAAAACAAUAAAAUU